GCUCGUGGUCCAAAUACCAGUAAAGCGGCGCUGCUUCCGCCUUUCCAGCGUCUUCCCUCAAUUCUUGCAAUGUCCUCUUCCAGCAAGAGGAAAAGCAAGAAACGGCCUCCUUCGGAAAAGGGCUCGGCUCUCGACGAACGAGAUGCAGCCCAAGAAGCCCUCGGUUGGCAGAGUUUGUCGGUUGCAGACUUUUUGGACAAGGAUGAUGACAAAGUCCCCAAAAUAUACAGAGGAUCUUUUGUGCAAUUGGCACUCAACACCAUGAAGCUGGCAAAUAUUUGCAUAGGGCGUCCAGUGCUGCUUACCAGUACAAACGGAAAGCAAGAGGUUUGCACAGCAUGGCCUGUUGCAGGCUUCCCUGGUAAAAAAAUUGGCUUAAGUGCAAUUACACAGAAGAACCUGAAAGUGGUACCCAGUGAUACGAUCAUGAUCCAGCCUGUGACUGGUGCUGUACUUCAGGCAGAGGAAGUGGAAGUAAAGCUAGGGGUUAAAGAUGACUGUAUCAGUACUGAAGACUUGUCCAUUAGCCUCUUAAGAAAUUUAGAUGGAAAGAUAGUAUUGCCAGGAAAUUUCCUGCAAAUUACUUUCUAUGGCCGAUCUUGUGAUCUAAAGGUUACAAAGGUGAAAGGAAUGGAUGGUGUGUUGCAGGAAAUGCAGGAUGUUUUAAAGAUACCACAGGAAUUACCGCUGGAGAAUUUGACCAGUAGUCAUUUCAAUAUAUCUAUUGAGUUUGGAAAACUAGUAAUAACAGACAAUGACGUAUCUACCAGUACUCCAUGUAAGCAUGAGGAUCAUAUAUCCAUGAAUGAUUCUUUAAAUAGUAUGGGGCAUGAAGCAUUGAGUCCUGAUCCAGCAGCAGAGAUCCUUGAUUGUGAUGAGUCUAACCUUCAUUCUGAAUCAAUCAUAUCACAAGACUGUGAGAAAGGUUUUGCAGGUGAAGGAUUACCUUUGACUGAUAAAACAGGACUGACACAGAAUUGGGAAACAUUUUACUUCAUAUCAUCAAGGACAAGGGUCAGUUUCAUUCAACCACAAGUCAAAAAGACAGAAGAGUACAAUCUUGAACCAAAAGCUACUUAUGAUUCAAUAGGUGGACUCAGUAACCAGCUGAAAACUAUAAAAGAAAUGAUUGAGCUUCCUUUGAAGCAGCCUGAUCUAUUUAGAAAAUAUGGAAUCCCACCUCCAAGAGGAGUGCUAUUAUAUGGCCCUCCAGGUACAGGAAAAACGUUGCUAGCCAGAGCAAUUGCAAAUGAAGUUGAAGCUCACUUCUGUACAGUUAAUGGCCCAGAAAUAAUAAGCAAAUUUUAUGGAGAAAGUGAAGCCAGGCUACGACAAAUAUUUUCUGAAGCCUCUUUACGUUGUAUAUUCCAAGGAACAUGUUAUUUCUCAUUUUUAUUAAGACGACCAUCCAUUAUAUUUAUUGAUGAAAUUGAUGCGCUCUGUCCAAAGAGACAAGAAUCCCAGAACGAAGUUGAAAAAAGAAUUGUAGCUUCAUUGUUAACAUUGAUGGAUGGCAUUGGAUCAGAAGAUAAUGAGGGGCAGCUCUUAGUUCUUGGAGCUACCAAUCGCCCUCAUGCACUAGAUUCAGCCCUGCGCAGACCGGGACGUUUUGAUAAAGAGAUAGAAAUUGGAGUUCCCAAUUCUCAAGAUCGACUAGACAUCUUAAGGAAGCUUCUCAGUAAGACUCCUCACUCAUUGUCAACAACAGAUUUGGCUCAACUGGCAGACAGUGCCCAUGGAUAUGUAGGAGCUGACCUAGCAGCACUGUGCAAGGAAGCAGGAAUGCAUGCUUUGCGGAGAAUACUUCAUAAGAAAGAGACUCUCCUGGAUGAUGACGUGUCUGUAUCUGUAAUUAUUAAUCACAGUGAUUUCCUGCAGGCAAUGAAUGAUGUCAGGCCCAGUGCCAUGAGAGAGGUGACAAUUGAUGUACCCAAAAUAUCCUGGUCAGACAUAGGAGGGCUGGAAGAUGUUAAACUGAAAUUGAAGCAAGCUGUUGAAUGGCCACUGAAGCAUCCUGACUCUUUCAUUCGAAUGGGCAUUCAGCCCCCAAAAGGAGUACUCCUAUAUGGACCACCAGGAUGUUCUAAAACCAUGAUUGCCAAGGCCUUGGCUCAUGAAAGUGGUGUAAACUUCUUGGCCGUAAAGGGACCUGAAUUGUUGAACAAAUAUGUUGGGGAAUCUGAACGUGCAGUCAGAGAGAUAUUUAGAAAAGCCAGAGCUGUUUCACCAUCCAUAUUAUUUUUUGAUGAACUAGAUGCCUUGGCUGUAGAACGGGGGAGUUCUUCAAGUUCUGUGAAUGUUACGAACCAUGUCUUGGCACAGUUGUUGACUGAAAUGGAUGGGAUCGAACAGUUAAAGGAUGUGACAGUUUUGGCAGCUACAAACCGGCCAGAUAUGAUAGACAAGGAUGCUAGCCAUAGAGAUCUCUUUUUACUUGAAUUGAUACUUAUGCAAAGGCAGACAAAUAUUGACAUCCUUCCAAAGGCAUUGAUACGACCUGGUCGAUUCGACAGAAUUAUAUAUGUUCCUUUGCCUGAUGAAGCCACUCGCAGAGAAAUCUUUAAAAUUCAGUUUUGCCAUAUGCCAAUAUCUUCUGAGGUCAGUUUGGAUGAGCUUGUCAUACAAACCAAAAAGUAUUCGGGAGCAGAGAUAACUGCAGUUUGUAGAGAAGCUGCUCUCCUUGCACUUCAAGAAGAUAUUGAGGCCAAAUAUAUCAUGAAGGAGCAUUUUCAACAAGCUUUAGUCAUUGUGACUCCUAGAAUCCCAGAUUCCCUACAGAAAUUUUAUGAAGAGUAUCAGCAGCAGAGUGGAUUGCAUUCUCUGUGACAAAGUGAUUAAUGAACAUACAGUACACAACUUCAUUUCUAGAAAAUAAGUAGGGUUUUUUUCAAAGAGAUAUGCUCUUUCAAUUCAGAUAUUUAAAAUUAAUUUUAGUAAUACUUUUUGAAUAAAACAACUAAUGUUUUGAAUAAAUACUAAAGGAGCUUUAGGAAUAAAUAAUUAAAUUUUUUGAAUAAAAAUAAACUUGAGAACUGUGUGAAAGCAUGAUUGAAACAUCAAAAGCACACCAUGAUAGUGCAUCAUCAUGCCAAAAGUGGUGUGUGUACAUGGAAUGGACAGGAGUGGGUCAUCUAGGCUUUCCUCUCUGAUGACAUCAUAGUACUGCAAUUUUGCCAUAGCACAGGGGUCUCAAACUGGCACCUUAGGGGCCAGAUGCAUCACACACAGGCCACACCCACACCAUCUCUCAAAAGGGGAAAAACGUCACGAAAUAUCAUGUGACGGCAACGUGACGUGGCGAGUUUGACACCCGUGCCAUAGCAGCACUUGUUCAUUUCCCCAUAAUCACUAUCACUAACUAAAGGUUUCAUAUAAUCUAAAUUUCCUUACCUUUUUCACAGCUGUCAUGUACAGAGUACAAGUUGUUUUUUGGCUGUCCGUGAAAUGCCUUUUCUCAAAUUAUAUCAGUUUAAAAGUGGAUUUUAACAUUUCUAUUCUUCUCCAGUUUAUAAAUAUUUUUUUGGAAUUCUGUAUAAUUCUUUCUUCUUUUUCCCAGUAUAAAAAAAGUUGUAUCACUGAUGAACUUAUGGAUCAUACCUGAUUCAUACCUUACGGAUCAAACCAGUUCAGAGAAUUUUAAAUGACUUUCUAAACCAUUUCUAAUUUUUUCUGCCUUUCCAGUUCUUUCAUAAUCUAUUAAUCUAUUAAUCCAUAAGAUGGCUCAACACAUUGAUUAAAAAACUACUUGGAAAACAUUGAAUAUCAAUCCACCAUACUGGAGAUGGGGUUGACCAAAUCUUUGUUAGUCUAUGGAACAAAACAGACAUAGUCUUUCUCCAGUGCGCUGCUUGGAGAGUCCAAGCGUGGGUUAACACAGCCUAUCUGCCCUUGGACUGAGUAAUGUUUUUCUUGACCACGCCUCCCUUUGCCUCCCUAUGUUCAGUUUAAAAACAAUCCGCCCGUUAGGAUUGUUUUGGGGGUUCUCCAAUCCAAAGACAGAUAGACUGGGGUUCCCAACACCAAAUUGACCACUAGUUCUUCUCAGGACCUGUCUACAAGACUCAUUUCAAGCGUUUGGUCUUAAUCUGCUGAGAGGAUUCCCGGGCCAGUUCCUGUCUUCUGCUGGUCACAAGCGGCACAGGGCAAGUGAGUCGCUUGACCGGCUCCUGCUGGCGAGCUAGGGGGGAAGGGACCGCACCGGUAUUCUGUUCUCGGCAUUCCCGACUGCUACUAUCCCAGAGCCUUGCGGGCAUUAGCCGCUGGCUGUGGCGGUGCUCUAUUCUGCCCAGCAACAGUGGCAACCGUUUCUGCCGCUUCGCGCGCUGUUGCCUAAGUGACAGCGUAUUUGGCGGGCGGAGGCUGCGCACGCACCAGCCGCCAUUUUGGUCACUCCGAAGAGGCCUGAUGCCGCAUGCGGACGCUAAGGAGCUCCGGAGAGUGAAGAAGCAGGCCAGGAACAGCGAGAUUAAGCUUCCUCUCAGUUGCAGAGUGCCGCCAGGGGUGCGGGGCUAGUCCAGGGUGCCGGCUAGCCUUUCCCUCCUCAGCUAAGUCUCGGGGAUCCGAGGACGGUAGGGGGAAGGAAUCCGUCCAGCAGGCGGCCCUUUCCUCCAGGAGCAUCUGCGGAUGUGCUUGAGCCGGCUGGCCAGCGUCGGUGCCCUUCCACUACGAGAUAGUUUCCCGCCAGGCCUUAACUUGUGGCCUACUGCAGCAUGGCUGAGGAAUGCAGGGAGGUGCAGGAGGAGCAGGCAGGGCCCUCCAGCAAGCGCAGUAGACUGGAUCCCUUGCCCAAGGGGGGGAAAGGGAGCAGGGACACCAGCAGGAAGUCUUCCCCGGGACCUUCAGUGCCUCCAGAAAAGGCCAGAGAGGGCUCUCAUCCCCAUAAGGCGGAGGAGCCUAAAGUCCCUCAUCACCACAAGGAACGUUCUUCCUCAGACCAUGGGGAUCACUCUCCCAGGGGUUCCUCUCUCAGGGGUGAGGGGGCUGAGUCUCCUUUCAGGGACAAUAGAUCCCCUUCUGUAGAGGACUAUGGGUCCAGAGAUCCCUCACCAGAGGCUUCCUGGGGCUAUCCUGAUUCGUCCAGUUCCUCUAUCAGGGACGAAAGGGAAUCCUCCCAGAGCAUCUUGCCCGAAGAGGAGGACUCCAGCUCGGGCAAGGCUAAGUGCCAUAGGCACUCCAGCAAACAUCAGGUGAGGGAGGGCAAGAGCCCAGCAUUGUCAGCUGAAAUGAGGGAAGUGAUUUCUCAGGGCAUUGCGGAGGGCAUUAAACAGAGAGAUUCCUGAAAAUCCAGAGCUCCUAAGGCCAAACAUCAGGCUAAGGCCUCCACCUCUAAGGAGCUGAAUUCCCCUCCUACGUCAUCAGUCUCUGAAUCCUCUGGCUCGGAGGAAGAAGGGGCUGAGGGAUUCGUGCUUUCAGUGGAUGAGGACCUGCCCCCUGUCCCCUUUACUGGCCUUUUUAAGCCAUCCUUGUUUAAGUCUAUACUUCACAAGGCCAUGGCAGCGACCGAGCUAGGCUCCACCCCCAAACCAAAUCCUACUCAGACUACUGCUUCCUCCAAGGACCAUAAACAUGGUCUGUUCAAGGAGACGGUUCCUACCCAGGAGUUUAUCCCUGUGCCCAACCUCUUCAUGGAUAUCGUUCAACGUCAAUGGGUCCAGCCUGGUACCCUGACCAACCCCAGUGGGGGGGGGAUAGGUCCCUUUAUUCUGUAAAUGGGAAGAUGGAAGACAUCCUGAAAUUCCUUGAAGUAGAUGCUCCAGUAGUGUCCUUGACAUCCAAUUCUAACCUACCUGCUGACCUUCUAGAAGGUCUAAAGGCUGAAGAUAAGAAGUCAGAGAAGGCAUGCCACAAAACACUCAUGGCGGCUGCCUGGGCCAUUAAGGCAUCCACCUCUCCUUCUUCACCAGAGUCUCCUUGUUCUGGCUGACACAACUCAGAUCCAAACCUCCUUCCAGAAGGUCUAGGUGGUGCCAUGAGCUUACCAAAAUUAUUACGGCCAUUGAAUACUCGGCAGAUGCUUCGCUGAAUGCAGCGAAGUUUGCCUCCAGGCCCUAGCUUCCAAUAUUACAUCUUGCCGCCUCCUAUGGCUCCGGCAUUGGCAGGCUGAGAUGAAGGCCAAAUGGAAGUUGACUUCCACUCCCUUCAAGGGAGGGCAGUUGUUCGGGGAGGCCCUGGACAAGUUUGUCAUUGAAACCAAGGACAAACGGAAGGUCCUCCCAGCCACUUUGAAAAGGAACGAACGUAAGGGCUCCUGUCCCUUUCAUAAGCAGUACUUUCGAACCUAGGAGGCCGUUCAAGCACCCUCAUCAUCUUUCUACCAGAGGUCUUUCCAACGGGGGGGGGGGGAUAGAAAUCAAGAUAGGACUUCCUUUGGGUCCCGUAGCAGGCAGCAACAGUCUUCCUUUUGGAAGCCAUUUCGCGGGGGCAACAGUAACAACAACAAUGCCCUCAGCAUUCCGCAGAGGGAAGUGACCAUCACAGGGUUCCUCCCAUAGGAGGUCAGCUAUAGCUGUAUGCCAACAGGUGGGAGGAGAUCACCUCGGACACAUGGUCCUCAAUACCAUCAAGAGAGGCCUAGUCCUAGAAUUUCUGACCUUCCCCCGGAGGAAGUUCAUCCGUUGUCCCAUUUCCAGGAACCCAGUAAAGAGGGAGCUCCUGCAAGCGAAGAUACUCCAUCUCCUCCAGAUAGAGGCCAUAGAACCAGUUCCGAGGGACCAGGAGGGACGGGGCUUCUAUUCCAUCCUGUUCCUGGUCCCGAAGAGCUCAGGGGGGUGGAAGACCAUCUUGGACCUGAAAAGCCUGAAUCAACAUCUGGCUUACAAGAGGUUCAAGAUGCAGUCCCUCCACUCCAUCCUGGAUUGCGUGAGGAAAGGGGAUCUAUUGACAUCGAUAGAUCUGAAAGAGGCCUACAUGCAUGUCCCCAUCCAUGCUGCCCACAGGAGGUUCCUGAGGUUCUGUUCCAAAGGGAAGCACUACCAGUACAAGGCGCUCCCCUUCGGGCUCUCGUCAGCACCCAGAACAUUUACCAAGAUCCUGGCGGUGGUAGCGGCUCAUCUCUGCAACCAUCCCAUCCCUCUGGAAUGUUAUUUGGAUGACAUAAUUAUUCAUUCUGUCACACCAGAGCAGGCUCGACGCGAUGUCAUGCUGACCGUUCGGAGAUUCUCUGUCAACAUGGAGAAGAGCCAGUUCCGACCAUCCACGCGCAUACAGCAUCUGGGUGCCGUCAUCGAUUCCAAUUCCUGCCAGGUAUUCCUGUCUCCAGACCGCCUAAACAAUCUGAGGAGCAGAGUGAACCACUGCUGUUAGUCGAGGUCGGUGCUGAUCAUCCAGCUGUCCCAGCUCUUGGGGAUCAUGCUCUCCUGUCUGAAGGUGGUUCUCUGGGCCCGGCUGCAUGCCAGGGAACUGCAAUGAUUUCUCCUUCCAAUGCAGAGAGCAAAAACCAGCAACUCCUACAGGCCCGUGUGCCUCCUGCGGAAGGUGAUCCGAACCCUGGCCUGGUGGAGGUCCAAGGCGGUCGUGAAGGGCUGUCUGUUCAAAGAACCAGAAAGGGUCGUUGUGACCACAGAUGCCAGCCUUCUGGGGUGGGCGCCCACUGUCAGGGUCAACUUGCCCAGGGCCAGUGGUCUCAGAGGGAGGCUGCCCACAGCAUUAACUGGCUGGAGCUGAGGGCAGCCCGACUCGCGCUACACCGCUUUGCAUGCUUGAUAAAGAGAAGUCAUGUACUGUUAAUGACAGACAAUGUGGCAACAAAAGCCCACAUAAACAGGCAGGGCGGUACCUAUUCAAGGGGGCUCAUGCUUGAGGCAGAGGCUCUGGGCAGGUGGGCGGAACAUCUGGCUUCUCUCAGAGCAGAUCACAUCUCCGGAACCAGCAACCGGGAGGCAGACUGGCUGAGCCGACAGCGCAUUGAUCACUCGGAGUGGCGCCUACACCUGGACCUGUUCCAACAGAUCGUGAGGAAAUUCGGCAAACCGCAAGUAGACCUCUUUGCCACACAUUCCAACACACAACUGCCACGAUUCUUCAGCCGUUACCAAUCACCAUUGAUGGAAGGGAUGAACGCACUGAGGUGCGAGUGGCCUCGUGAACUCAUACGCAUUCCCUCCUCUGCCCCUCAUUCCUCAGGUAGUGGCCAAACUCCUGACCGAAUGGGCAGAAGUUCUUCUGGUGGCACCGUUCUGGCUCAGGAGGUCCUGGUACGCAGACCUUGUCAGUCUCUCCGUUCAGAGACCGUGGCGAAUUCCUCAGGACCAAGUCUCCCUCAGCCAGGGGGCCGUCAGUCAUCCAGACCCCCAGUGGCUACAACUAGCCGUUUGGCACUUGAGGGGGACCUCCUGAGGAAACAGAACAUCUAUGGCAAGGUCAUACAAACAAUAUAAGUGCCGAGGAGACCCUCCACUACCAGAAUAUACGAUGCGACCUGGGCCGCCUUUUCAUUGUGGUGCAAGGCUAGAGACAUUGUUGACUUUUCUGCCUCAGUCCCUCAGACCCUGGACUUCCUGCAGGAGGGUCUGGAUAAGGGUCUGGCACCCAGUACUCUCAGGCAUCAGGUUGCAGCGCUAUCGACCAUCCUGGCCAGGGGUUCGUCUCAUUCUCUGAGCCAGCACCCUCAAAUUAAGAGCUUUCUGAAGGGCACGGCAAACAUCAGCCCUCCGACGGUCCACCGAUACCCGUCUUAGGACCUCCCAUUUGUCUUAAGGGCUCUGACGAGUCCCCUGUUUGAACCUCUGCGUACGUCUAGUCUAUGCCACCUGACUAUCACGACUGCCUUUCUGGUGUCUAUCACUUCUGCACACAGGUUGUUCGAACUGGCGGCUCUCUCAGUCAGGGAGGACUUGUGCGUGGUCCACACCGACAGGGUUAUAUUGAGACUCGAUCCUUCAUUUACCCCUAAAAUUAACUCUCUGUUCCAUUCAUCUCAAGAGAUUAUAUUGCCUAACUUUUGUCCUAAACUUUCUCACCCUAGAGAGCAUGAAUGGCAUAAGUUGGACGUGAGACAUGCUGUCCGCAUUUAUGUAAAGAGGACUAAGGAAUUCCGUUGUUCAGAGGUGUUCUUCAUCUCUUUCCUUCCUGGGUCUCUCGGCCGCAAGGUCUCAUCUCACACCAUAGGUCGUUGGCUGUGCACUUGCAUUAAGCUGGCGUAUGAACAUCAGGGCAAGUCGGCCCCGUGCAGGGUUACCGCACACUCUACUAGGAGCACGGCAGCUUCAGCAGCCUGGGCAACCCAGGCAUCUAUUCUGGACAUUUGCAGGGUGGCCAUGUGGGCUUCCGCUACCGCCUUUAUAAAAAACUAUAAAAUAGACACCUUUGCCUUAGCUGAAGCCUCCUUCGGAAGAAGAAUUUUGCAAAGAGUUGCUGAAACUGCGGAGGCUCUGGUUCUUACCCACCCUGGGACUCAAUAGCUUGGGCAUGUCCCACGCUUGGACUCUCCAAGCAGCGGACUGGAGAAAGACUGUUGGCUUACCUGAACGGUCGUUCUCAGGGCACUGCGAGGAGAGUCCAAACCCACCCAGGGGGGGUUUCUCUUCAAUAUAUAUGACUGUGUAUUGACUGUGAAUCUUACCAUACGACUGUCCUUCAUUUUUAAACUGAACAUAGGGCGGCAAAGGGAGGCGUGGUCAAGAAAAACAUUACUCAGUCCAAGGGCAGAUAGGUUGUGUUAACCCACGCUUGGACUCUUCUCGCAGUGCCCUGAGAACGACCGUUGAGGUAAGCCAAUGGUCUUUUAGUUUUUUCAAGACCAUUCAACUUUAUUAGGGAUAGCUGCUGCUUAUAAAAACCUAUGCCAAAUAAAAUUGGUUGUUUUUAGGUUUUCUUGUCUCCAGCUAUUUGGUAAAUGAACCAGAUUCCCAUAAUAGUUAAUUCUUUGUCAAAUAAUUCUAAAAAAUUAAUUUACUUUUGCAGAAGCCAUGACAAUCUUUCUUCUUGAAAGGUUUUUUUUUUCUUCCAGAUUCUUGGUGGUAUUUUAAAAAUUCUGCUGUUACUGCUGUUUUCACAAUUAUACUACUUGACCCAUAAUUUCCAGAUCCCUUUUCCAGAUGUCCUUUUAAAUAUAAAAGAUAUCCAAUUUGGUUUUGUGAUUAAGGCACCAGCCUAGAAACUAAGAGAUUGUGAGUUCUAGUUCUGCCUUAAGCGUGAAAAUCAACUGAGUGACUUUGGGCCAGUCACUCUCUUACAACCCAACUUACCUCUCAGGGUUAUCGUUAUGGGGAAAAUAGGAGGAGGAAGCAAUAUUAGUUAUAUUAGCUGCCUUCAGUUAUUUAUCAAAAUAACAAAGGUGGGAUAUAAAUAAAAUAAUAAAUAAAAAUGUUUAUGUAAACUAUCCAGACUUCUAGCAGUAAGAAAAUUUUCUAUCUUGAUUUCAUCAAGAAAAAAAGCCCUGAAAAUUUCAGUUUUUGCAACUUUUUCUAUUUUUUAAAUUUAAAACUGCCAAAUGUAUACAAUACUUUAUUCACAAAUGAGCUUUCAAAUCAUCCUAUGCAGUUGUAUGCAGAUUUUCAUAUAUGGUAACUUUUAUACGUAUGCAAGUUUUUAGCUUCUGCUUCAGGAAUCUAUUGAAACAUACAAUUUAAUCAGGUAUACUUCCUCAAGUUUUGUAUACAACUGAAUGUGCAACUGAAUCACCAGAUUUAAGUCCAGUUUGCAUUUAAGAUAUAAGCAAGAUUAAGCUGUUCUAGAAAACUUCAUUUUUCUUCAUAAAAUUUUCCAGGCCUGCUUAUUAUUGCUUGACUGGGAUAAUUUGCAUUUAAAUAGCGAUACAAUAUUGGAAUCAACUAGUUAGCACAGACUGAUUCUGUUUGAGGCUUUAUAUGUAGUUUUUGUAAAAAUGUUUUUGGUAAGGUAAAAAUAUAUAGUAGUAGCUGGUUAGGCAUUUAACUACAAAGGAGUCUUUUAUUUGCCUGAGAGAUUAAUAGUAAGCCAGAAUCAGCUGGUAGUGCCAAGUGCCUUGAUAACACAAUUGACCACAGAAUGCUUUGUUAGAUUCCUCCCCCACCCUCUCUUCUUUUCCCAGAGAAAACUGGGAGACAAUGCAAUUGCUGACUUAGUAGCAAUGAUUUUUAAGCAAUUAAUUAUGAUAAACAGUGGAGAAAAUAAACAUCUAUUCUAGAACACAAGCAUAGAUAACAGAAAUAUAGCGAAGAGAGUGAAGGGUAUUCAGGAUAACGUCUAAUCAGAAA